AUGCCCACAGAACCCGAUAGCACCAAACUGACGAGGUUGUCUCAGCACCAUAUGAAGGCCGGUAUCGACAAGUCACAAUACGACUUCCCACCAGUCUCUGGGGCAACUUGUUCCCCGGCGGCCAUCACGUCGGCGUCCAGCGCCCAGAAGUCCACGGUUUUGGCCCCCGCCACCGAAAUGCAGCAACCUUGGCACCCUUGUCACCCUGGGCGCGAGCAAAAUGAUCGCCGAACUGUCCCCAACCGGCCAAGAUACCGUCUGAGUCUUCACGUAGAUGAGUAUCCUCCCAUCAAAUUGAAAAUCGAGAAGACCUUGGUCAGCGGCUUUCCAGUCGACAAACUGGUGAUGGCGCGGCUAACUGCCUUCGGUUAUUCUGCGCUUCACAACGUCGGCUAG